AUGGACGAGAAGAGAAACAUAUACAAUGUAAUAGACAUGGGAGGCAUGCCCCUAGAAGACACUCCAAAACAAGUCGUAUUGCUCUUUGUAUUCAUUGGUAUUGGCAUUGGUAUUGGAUAUGCUAUAGGCAAGAAAUCAGAGCAAAGUGGACCAAUCCUAGAUGCCACGGAUUCACCCAGCACAACCUAUGAUUCAUGGUUAGACGCUCCGUGUAAUGAUGAAGAACAGCCACAAUGUCCAACGGGGUAUGAAAAACGUCCCCUGCUGUUAUUGUCCUUGGAUGGUUUUCGCGCUGACUACUUACUUCGGGGUUUGACACCAAAUAUCGAAAAAUUAGGACGGUAUUCAGUAUUGGCAACGCAGAGUCCAGAAAAUCGAGAUGGUGGGGAGGAGAACCGGCCUAGUUUAAUCACUCUUUAUUUCGAUGAGCCUGACCACGAAGGACAUGACACGGGACCGUAUUCUGAUGAAUUAAACGUAGUGCUACAACGUGUUGACAAGACUGUAGGGGACUUGAUGGAUGGCAUUGUUAAGGCAGGUCUGCAUAAUUGUAUGGAUGUUAUCGUGUUAGCUGAUCACGGCAUGGCUGAACGUAGUUGCGAUAGAGUAUUCUUCAUGGGUGACUAUAUUACGACAAGUGAAUACUAUUACAGACUCGGUGCAAAUGCACGCCUAGAACCCAAAUCAAAUGCAAAAUUGAAAGAUCCACACGAUAUCGUUGGCGCCAUGCAGUGUGAAGAGAACCACGUGACUCCUUACGUUAAAUGGGAACUCCCUAAGAACUGGCAUUACUCCAACAAUUUACGAAUCGACAACACUGUUAUCGUAGCAGACAACGGCUGGACCAUAUCAUCAAAUAAUGACUCAAAUUAUCAAGAGAGAUACUGCUCUGGAGGGACUCAUGGAUAUGAUAAUAAGGGCGAGAGCAUGGGAGCAUUAUUCUUAGCUCAUGGACCAUCGUUCAAGCAACAUCAACAGAUUGACACUUUCUUGAAUAUAGAGUUAUAUAAUUUGAUGACAGAUAUUCUUGACAUUGAACCAGCCCCAAACAAUGGAACGCCAGGAUCGCUUAAUCACAUACUGAGGAACCCUAAGGUCAUAGAUGAACCCGACAAAGAUGACGCACUUACGCCAAUAGAAUACAGCUUUCCACAGGGAACUGAUUAUGAUGAUAGAAUUAAUGAAGACACGUCACACUGCACAUGCGCAUUACAGGAUGUUAGCAAAUCCAUCAAGGAUUUCGAUAAGCAACUGGAUUUAACGUCAACUGAAAUUGCCAAAUCCCUUGCAUCCAAUGCACCGCUAGGGCGCCCUCUAGUGGACCAUGACACGAGUCAUUCCGUGAUGAUUCAGCGAAACUACAUCGUAGGAUACAAUAACGAGUUUAGAAUGCCGAUGUGGGUUACAUAUUCGGUGAAGAAAGAGGAGAAACGUGGAAACGCUGAACCUAUUGAAGACUGUACAAGACCGGAUGUUCGUAUUCCAGAUGAUAAAUCAGCUGACUGUGACGACUACACUAUGGCUACUGCUGACAAUAUAACAAUGUCAUAUUUGUACCAACCAGAUAUCUGGCUGGCAAUGGAGGAAAAGAUCAAAGCAUGGGCCGACAAAUACAACGGUGUCAAUGUAAUAGCCGGUCCUGUAUUUGAUUAUAAUUAUGAUAGCUUGCAAGAUAAUUUAGAAAUUAUAGAUGAGAAUGGAAUUAAGUACGGGGCUGUUGUUAUGCCCACACACUAUUUUGUUGUCGUAUUGCGAUGUAAUGGCACCACGCCGAUUGACUCGUGUGCAGACGAUUAUGAUUCGAUCUCGUUCAUCAUCUCACAUACAGAUGGUAUCAAGACUUGCCAGAAAACUGAUCGGUAUUUACAAACUCAGCUGGCAAACAUCAAAGAUGUCGAGGUUAUCACCAAAUUACGUCUUGUUCCAAAUCUACCAAUCAUUAAAUCACUUCAUUUGAAGACGAGGUUAACAUCGGAUCUGUGGGAUGAUUAG